AUGCCUGGAUUUGCGAAGAGAAAACGAACCGAAGACGUGCGCGUUGCGGCUACGUCGUCGUCAAAAAAAGCGCGACCGGCGAGCGCACCAGCGAAAAAAGUUGUGGCGAAGCCCACACCACCGCCAGAACCCGAGUCGAGCGAUGACGACGAAGAGGAGGGAGACGAGGAUGGUUCGGACAAUUCUGAAGACCAGAAUGUAGCGAAUGCAUCUGGGUCUGAGCAAGAGGCGGAGGCUGCUACGGCUGGCGCAGACGAGGCAAAGAAGACAUUCGCCGACCUGGGCGUGCGCGAAGAACUUUGCGACGCUUGCGAAAACCUCAAGUUCACAAACCCGACGCCCAUUCAGGCUCAAGCUAUACCUCUGGCUAUCGAGGGUCGCGAUGUCAUUGGACUUGCUGAAACUGGAUCUGGAAAGACGGCUGCGUUCGUCCUGCCAAUUCUUCAAGCGCUGCUGGAGAAACAGCAAUCGCUCUUUGGGCUGAUACUGGCACCGACACGAGAAUUGGCAUAUCAGAUUGCACAGCAGGUUGACGCUCUCGGCAGCAUCAUCAAUGUCAAGUGUGCGACGUUGGUGGGAGGAAUGGACAUGGUACCUCAGGCAAUCGCUCUGUCCAAGAAGCCACACAUUAUCGUUGCUACACCUGGACGUCUGCUUGACCAUCUGGAGAAUACCAAAGGCUUCUCCCUAAAGCACCUCAAGUACAUGGUUCUCGACGAAGCCGAUCGGUUGCUCGACCUUGAUUUCGGACCGGUCCUCGACAAGAUCUUGAAGGUACUACCUAGAGAAGGACGACACACAUAUCUGUUCUCGGCGACCAUGAGCAGCAAAGUCGAGAGUUUGCAAAGAGCUGCCUUGCAGAAUCCCGUCCGAGUGAGCAUCAGCAGCUCGUCCCAUCAAGUCGUUUCAACACUCCUUCAACGAUACAUCUUCCUUCCCCACAAGUACAAGGACCUGUACCUCAUUCAUCUCCUAAACGACAACAUUGGCCACCCAACCAUCAUCUUCAGCCGCACAGUCAACGAGACACAGCGCAUAGCCAUUCUCCUCCGCACCCUCGGUUUCGGCGCUAUUCCUCUUCACGGCCAGCUUUCGCAAUCCGCUCGUCUAGGCGCACUCAACAAGUUCAAGACUCAAAGCCGCGACAUCCUCGUAGCCACCGACGUAGCAUCCCGUGGUUUGGAUAUCCCUGCUGUCGAUCUUGUCGUUAACUUCGAUCUACCCAGCGAUUCCCAGACGUAUGUUCACCGUGUUGGCCGAACAGCGCGAGCUGGAAAGUCGGGUAAGGCGGUCUCUUUUGUCACACAGUACGAUCUCGAGAUCUGGUUGCGCAUUGAGAAUGCUCUUGGUAAGCAGAUUCCAGAAGAAGUCAUUAACAAGGAUGAAGCGAUGGUGUAUAUGGAGCGAGUCAACGAGGCGCAGAGGAUAGCGGUUAGGGAGAUGAAGGAUCUCCAUGAGCAGAGGGGCAAGGGUGGCCGUGGAGGUAGAGGCGGCGGACGGGGUCGUGGUGGAGGUGCGAGAAGAGGACGUGACCAGAUGGACACUGAGGAGGGUUGA